UUAUUAUCCGCUUUAUGCAUAAUGAAAGGCCAGUUAAAGGCCAAGCAAAAUUUAUCAAAAUCCAAGUAACUAUUCGAUGAGAUGACUAUACAACAGAAUUUUCGUAGGUCCCGUCGGUCAUCGAACAAUGCUCCGUUACCACGACUCAACCCAAACGAUGAGUCCUACAUCAGGUUGGCCGCGGAUACGGCUGAAGAACUUGACUGGUGUCUGGACCAACUCGAAACUAUCCAGACACAUCGCAGUGUUUCUGAUAUGGCAUCACUUAAGAUAAAGGUUGCAAUCUUAGGAUUAUUGUCUAAUGGAUACCCCGUUGCACCCCAAUGGCUGCAAAACGAUUGUUAG